AUGUCAACUAUUCACUUGCUGGUUAUUUGCACCAGAUCAAGCAGCUUUCAAAUACGUGAAACGCCGAAAGAAUUGAGCCGGCACAGCUCAGCAGCCGUACCAUUACAGUUCCACUCCAGACGCAGAGUCUUUUUGCUUUACAAAGGAUUGAGAAUUCACACAGAAGAUAAGCCGUUUUCAUGUAUAGAAUGUGAGAAGUGUUUUAGUCUGAAGUCAAUUCUUGUUCAACAUGAGAGAAUUCACACAGGAGAGAAGCCGUUUUCAUGUACAGAAUGUGAGAAGUGUUUUAGUCAGAAGUCACAUCUUGUUCUACAUCAGAGAUUUCACACAGAAGAGAAGCUGUUUUCAUGUACAGAAUGUGGGAAAUCAUUUAUUACAAAAAGAAAUCUUGUUGAACAUCAGAGAAUUCACACAGGAAUUAAACCGUAUUCAUGCUCAGAAUGUGAGAAGAGUUUUAGUCUUAAAACAAAACUUGCACGUCAUCAGAAAAUUCACACAGGGGAGAAGCCGUUUUCAUGUACAGAAUGUGAGAAGUGUUUUAGUCAGAAAUACCAUCUUGAUGCACAUCUGAGAAUUCACACAGGAGAGAAGCCAUUUUUAUGCUCAGAAUGUGAUAGUUGUUUUAGUCGGAAAUCACAUCUUGAUGCACAUCUGAAAAUUCACACAGGAGAGAAGCCAUAUUCAUGUACUGAAUGUAUGAAAUGUUUUAGUCAGAAGUCACAUCUUGUUGUACAUCAUAAAACUCACACAGAAGAGAAGCCAUUUAUAUGUACAGAUUGCGAGAAAGGAUUUAUUCAAAAAUCAAGUCUUUUAAAACAUUUAACAAUUCACACGAGGAAGUAA